CAUACACACACACACACACACACAUAUUCCCACACAUACACAUUGAAUCACACGGAGUCGCUGCAUGUUGGAGGAAACGUCUGAAGGUUACUCUCUCUGCUGCUCCCCGGUUACCGAAAGGCGGCUGUUUGAUUUCGCAGUCUGCGGCGAGCCUCGUCGUGACAGAGUUUGGAGGCGGCUGAAGGAGCAGUGAAGGGGGGGGGGGGAGAAAAAGGUGGUGGCCUCCUGUCAGAAACAUACACUCCCUCUGACACAUGGCUGACAGCGGGAGACGGAAGGGGCUAGAGUGAGUACGAGACUGAACGAGACUGAUCCAGAAACACGCGCACAUAACGAAAGAGGCAGUCGGCCAUCUGUGGUCAGUCCCCUGCUUUUCCGCAGCUGUGUUGGAGUCAGCGAACAGUUCUCAGCUUCGUCAGGACUUCAGCAACCACAGAGUGUGAUAAGGGGGUUCUCCCCUACAUCUCAUUGCUCAGGGGAUGAGCCUAGGCUAGGGCAAUGUUAAGGUCUCGCUGGCCUCGGAUUAGGCCUCUGGGGCUGCUUCUUUGGAUGGAUGGGUGAUGCCCCAGCUGGAUCUUCUGCUGUCGCCAUCCUCCACAGCUGCCAUUAGUGGCUAAUGAGCUGCUGCUAGAGCGGAAACGGAGACGGUUCCUGUGGAGAGAGGAGGAACCUUACAGCUGUUAUAAAGAGGCCCAGAGCUCUGACAAGGAAUUCUUCCUUUUUGUUCUCUUUCUUUGCAAGAGUGGAACCCUUUUAAAGCUCUUUCAAUGCAAGGAUGAAAGGAUAUCGACAUAUUGACAUUGGAUUUUUUACUACAGUAUUGGUAUGUCUCACCAAUUGGCACCAUGCAGUUGAAAAACAUAGUUUUUCAUCAAAAAGAUUCAGAAUUUAGACUUUGACUUUUACAACUAAAGGAGUUUCAACAUCGAAUUAUUAUCCAUCCAUUGUUAUUGCUAAAGAUAUAUUGUUUUUGUUUUACACGUUGAUAUUAUUUUGACCUUCCUAUGACCUGAAGGACACUGAUCACCAUGGCAGCAGCCUAUCGUGUAGUAGUGAGCAGUGUGAGCUGCUACAACAGUGUGGUGGUGGACCGGCGCACUCACUCCCAUGCCGUGCACUACUGCUCGGGGCCAUGUGGGGCGCUGUCCCAGGGUCUCGACUGUACUGUCGCACACCACGGCACCUGCUCCGAGCUGCUUAUUGCACCUGACGCUGUAUACACUGACCCAAACAUCUCACUCAUGCACUCCCAUAACAUGAUCACUCAACAACUUCCCAACCAUGGUAAAAUUACUGUUACCAUGGAUUCUAGUUAUAAUGGUGGUGUAGAGAGAUCGGACAGCAGUGGCAAUUUAUCUUUAGGGGAGGACAGCCCCACAUGGCGUGGUAAAAAGGCCCCUACUAGCGUAGGAUCCACUGGGAACCUGAGCUCCUUUGGCAGUUUGAAGGACAUUACAGAAGAGGCCAUCAACCUGGCCAGUGGUAAACUCAAAGAGUUUUCUUUUGACAAGCUCCGCCUCUCUUCCUCCAGCCACGUCACUUUCCGGAAAGGUCGUAAGGUCCGUCCUGACUCUCUCAGUCGCCGCUCCACCGACCUGGAGAUCAUUUACGGCCACUUCAGCUCCAACAUCACCACAAAUGGAACUGCUAAUGUCAUGUUGAACGGCACAGGUACAUCUAAUGAUGAGAACCUGCCACCAUUUGUGCCAGGGAAAGUAGCAAGCCUUGAGGAGACAAAGCUAAAGGGCAGCACAGCCACCUUGUCGGCCAUCGCCAAAGUUUGUGGUGGAUCAACAAGCAGCCUAUCCGGUAUUGGGUCUUUGGACCAAAGUCUGAACACAGUGGCCUCCCUGUACCGCAACACCCUGGGGGAAGAGAACCUGAUUGCCCGUCUCCUGGAAAAAACCAGAGCAGAGGUGGGCACUGGAGCAGGCGGGGAGGACAUUCGUGCCUGCCUUGACAUCCUUCUUAAAUGUUCUGAAGACUUAAAAAAAUGCACCGACAUCAUCAAGCAGUGCAUCAGACACAAAUCUGGCGGAGAGCCAGAGGAUGGAGAAGCCAGUCCUGACAGUGUAUAUCGGGCCGUGAUGACCCGACUCAGCUCCUAUUUGAAGAGAUUGCCUCUGGAGAUGGAAGGAAUUGGAAGUUUGGGAGGCAGUGGGCAGGGGGGUCAAGGUGCGCCUGGAAGCGGACACAGUGAUCUGGCUGAGCUUGUCAGCACUCUUCACUCCAUCCAGCAGGGGCCGUACUCUCCAAUAUUUGGCAAUGAGCAACCUCCUCGCUAUGAGGAUGUGGUGCUGUCACCUCCCAUCCAAAAGACUGUUACUCACACUGCAUCAUCUAUUUCGUCUUUGAAAUUAGACUCCAUCCAUACAAAACCUAUCCAAAGUUCUCCAUCCAGAGUCACUCCACUGACCAACGGACUACAACACUCACAUCCUUCUAUCACACAACACACACUCUCUCCCCCAUCUAUCACAUGCUCUCCAUCCAGCUCCUCUCCAACACACUCUCCAUCGCCUCUUCGUACUUCCCCGACCCCACGAUACACACACACUCCUCCAGCAUCCCCUAUGGAGGCUCUUUAUAUCGAGGAGGAAGAAGCAGAUGUGGCAAAGACACCAGAACAAAUCUCACAACAGACGCACACUCCAACCAGAGGUGUGAACACUAACCAAAACAAAAAUGGGAUAACAUUGGGUCAACACAUGCAUCUGUCCCAUCCACAAACACUCCAUAACUCAAAUACUUUGCCCGCUAACACUGGCUUCAGCCCCCCUUGGCCUUCCUCUGCUUCACUAACAAUCUCAGCACCCAAAGCUGUCUCACACAGGAAUGAUGACAUUGACAAGCUGCUGAUGGACUUGGAGAAUCUGUCUCAGAGUAUGAGCCACCCCAGAAGCACUGAGCCACCACUUCCAGCCAAAACCAGGAAGAGAGAAGGGGGCCAGGGAAUCACUUCCAGUGAGGCCCUCAAUCAACCUAAAAUGGCCCAGUUCCAAGUCCAGAAACCGGUUAACCACCUAGCCAGUAAUGGCCCUACCUCCAGGACUCCCCAGGGAGAGAACAGUUUAGCUGUGGUGGGAGAGGAGGAGGAUGGGGCACUGCUGCUGAGGAUCCUGGAGAGCAUUGAGAGUUUUGCCCAAGAGCUGGUGGAUUCUGGUGCGGGGAGCACAGGGAGUGCUGAAAGGAACAGUGGGAAAGAGCGGGAGGUGAUGAGGCUCCUGCAGGAUACAAUGGCAACCACUGGCAGAGCUGAUACCCCUUUGGAGAGCACAACCCCACCAGGUGCUCCAAUUGCUCCAUCCAUGCACACACAUGCAGCUACAAAUAUCCCAGCUGUACCCCCAAAGCACUCCCUGGUAAAUACACCUGCAGUUUCACUUGCACCCACACCUAUACCUGCAGUAGCUGAAGCUGUGUGCAAUGCUACAUCCAAACCUGCACCUAAACCUACACCUGAAACUGCCCCUAAACCUCUGCCUACACCCAUACCUGAGCCUACAACUGAGACUACAGAUACAGUUACAGAGGCCUCUACAGGUGAGGCCGAUCCAACAUCCAUCCCUGACCUUGUAACGUCUGCACCUGCAAGCUUGCAUUCCUCCACACAUUCAGCUGAACCUUCUCCUGUGGCGGCAUCUGAAGCUCCAGCCCCUGUUGCCAUCCCAGAUGUGGUCGCUGCAAGAGAUACUGCAAUAGCUGUUGGCGACCCUGCUGCUGUGAGAGACACUGGUUCAACCCUCCUCAUCCAGCAGACUCCAGCAGUGAUCAGAUGGGGCUGUUCCAGUGCCAAUGGUGACAUGAUUUACACACCCACGUCCACUCCUGGCUGUACCCAGAGCUGCCAUUCUGAUGGCUUAAUUAACCCACUGCUGAUUUCAGUGUAUUUGCCAACUGCCACAGACGUGUUGCUCGGCUAG